AUGAGCAUGAUGGAUGAGUAUACUCCCUUGAAUCCGUGUUCUACUAAAAGAUUACUUUCACCUAAUGUCAUUUCACUAAUUUCAAUUGGUUCUACCAUUGGCACUGGUUUAUUCUUUCUGAUUUCUUCAAUUCUCAUAAAAGGUCCCUUGGUUAGUAUUUUAUCUUUUACUUAUAUUUCUUUUAUUUCUUUAAUUAUCUUAUUAAUAACAAAAGAAUUAUCUUGUUUAAAACCAGAUAAUGGUUCUCUCUGUCAAUUUCAAUCUUAUUUACUAAGUAGAUCAAUUGGGUUAGCCAAUAAUUUAAUUUAUUGGCUAAGUUGGUGUUUUACUCUUUCUUUAGAAUUAUCCAUUUUAUAUUCUUUACUAAAUUCGUACUUGUCAGUUCCUUACUAUACUUCAAUUAUUACCAUUUGGUUCUUAUUAACCUUAAUAAAUUUAUUACCAGUAAAUUAUUUUGGUUUAUUUGAAGUGUUUUUCUCCCUUUUCAAAUUACUUUUCCUAUUCUCCUGGUUAUUCAUUACUACUUUGGCUUUAUUUGGUCUAAAUCCACACUGGGAACCAAUUGGCUUCUCCAAUUGGUUCGCUAAUUGGCCAACCUCCUUCUUGGGCCCACUAUCCUUAUCUAACCUACUUUCAGGCUUAAUUGCAACUAGUUUCACUUUCCAAUCAAUUGAAUCAAUUGCUUUAACUUCGGGUGAGUUGCAAAAUCCUUCCCCACAAAAUUUUAAUAAAAUUAUUAAACUCAUCUUAUUCAGAAUUAUCGUGUUUUACCUUAUUUCUUUAUUCAUCCUAACUCUACUUGUACCGUAUAAUGAUCCGGAUUUAUCUUCUCUUUCUUCUCCAUUUUUAAUUGCUUUGAAAAAUUCUUAUUAUCAAACUUCUUCCUUACUAUCUCUCUUCAAUUUUAUUAUCUUCACCACAAUUCUUUCCGCUGCUAAUUCAAAUAUUUACUUUGGCUCAAGAUCUUUAAUUGCCCUAGUGGAAUCUUCAAAUAUCCCCCAUUCUUCCCAUAUCCUCAAGACCGUCAAUGGUGUUCCCUACAUCUCAAUCCUUUUAACCUCCUUUAUUGGUCUUUCAACCAUUUUACUACAAUCAGAUUCCUUGAUCUCAAUAUUCAAUUUCCUUCUAAGUACUUGUGCCUCGGCUGGUUUACUCAUGUGGUGUCUUUUACUGUUUUCUUACAUUAGAUUUUGUCAUAAAAUAAAUCAUUCUAAUUGGCUUUAUUUCGCUUCUUGGUUCUCAGCUAUUAAUAUCAUUUUCAUCCUACUCACCAAUGGUAUCGACAGCUUCUCCUUCUCUUCAUAUUUAACCCCCUUUUUAUUCUUCACUUUCUGGGGGGUUCUUCAUUUCUUCUUAAAUGAGUCUUCUUGGUUGAUUCCAAUCGAUUCUAUACAUUUUAUUUAA